AUGGACGCCAGAACUCAACCGGGAUAUGUUACUCAUUUGGAACACUCAAUACCAGCGCAACCUCAACGAAAGAACAAGUCAUUGAAGCUCAAUGCUAGCUUGCAUCAAGGAAAAGGUGAUACUUCUCAGUCUGAACUGAAAACCCUCAGACUCAUAUCCGGCAAGAACCCCAGUCAUACGGGCUAUCCCUUUGUUCGACGUCUCCUUGAUUCAUUUCAGUUCCAACAUGAGUCAAGAAAAUGUCAGACUUUGGUAUUUGAGCCUCUAAGAGAGCCCCUUUGGCUUUAUAAAACCAGGUUCAUAGGGGAUACUAUACCCUCAGAUGUCUUGAAAAUCAUGGUUCAAAUGAUUCUCCAGGGGCUAGAUUAUCUCCAUACCGAGUGCCAUGUUAUACACACAGACUCAUCAAUAUUGGCGAAGGAUGCUGAGGAUGAAUACAAAAACCCACUCCCACAAAAGACCUACCACGAUGGGCGUACUAUCUACUUAUCACGAAAUAACUACGGACUGACUAGCAAGACUACUGGAAUGAUUCAGAUCACAGGUUUUGAUCUAUCUGUUAGGGGUGACAGGCCCAAUUUUGGGUGCAUACAAGCAGAAAUAUAUCGUGCACCAGAAGUCAUUCUCGAUGCUGGCUAUUCAUAUAGUGCUGAUAUAUGGAACCUUGGCGUUAUGGACAUUGAUCCACUUCAUGUCGGUUGCUAUAAUGAGCAGAACCACUUUGCACACAUAAUAGCACUACUCGGACAGCCUCCAAAGAAAUUAUUGGACACUGGUAAACGAACAUCACGUUUCUACGCACUAUCAGGCAUGCUAAGACAGAGAAUGUUUAUAGAAUUUAUCCGAACGAUGAUCAAAUGGAAUCCACAAGAACGAAGCACGGCAAGGGAGUUACUUCAGGAACCGUGGCUUCAUACUGGUCUGAGAAAAAUUGUUGUCUAA